AUGCCAGUUACGGAUCCAAAGUCAUCACGGUUUAAAUACCGCAUGAUCAGUCUUGCUUUAGUUAUCCUUUUCUACACCUCAAAAGCCAUUAUUCUUCAUUACCAACAACGAAAUCGAGAUGAUGAGCCAAAGCUGGCUGAACGUCAUCUUCUUCUAAUGAACCCUGCUAAACCCCCCUUUAAAGGUCUCAAUUGCACUCCUCUAGCCAUUGAAAACUUCCCGCGCGACCAGUUUACUCAAAAGCAGCGCAAAUCGGGUCUUGUCAUCCUCCACAUAUUUGCAUCCGCCUACAUGUUCCUUGCAUUAGCUAUCGUCUGCGAUGACUACUUCAUUCCUUGUCUUGAGAUCAUCUGCGAUGCCUUGCGUCUGCAACCGGACGUGGCAGGGGCAACUUUUAUGGCAGCUGGGAGUUCGGCUCCUGAACUGGCAACGACUCUUGUCGGUGUACUCAUUGCUCGAGAUGACAUCGGUCUGGGAGCUGUGGUCGGUUCAGCCGACUUCAAUGUCAUGUUCGUUACCAGUGUUUGCGCACUUUUCAGUAAAGAGAUAAUAUACCUCAAUUGGUGGCCCCUUGUUCGGGACUCCAUCUUCUAUCUUGUGUCCAUUAGCCUUCUGGCUUUGGUCAUCUUGGAUGAAAAAGUUUAUUGGUACGAAGCUCUGAUUCUACUCAUCUUCUAUGGUUUAUACAUUUCCCUAAUGUACUUCAAUCGACGUCUGGACUUACUACUAAAUGCUUGGUGUCUCUCCCAUCGCAACAUCUGUCCUCGAGUGCUACACGAUGAGGUCAGUAGUGUAGAGAUUGCAGCACAGAGUUCGGGCAAAUUCGGUGGCAAGCAUGGGGAGGCAGUGGGUUUACAGGCUUCUGAAACACCCCUGGCUAAUUACUCUCGAUUGGAGGCGGAUGAGUCUGAGGUCAGGCAUCAUCUGAGCUCCCAUGAAGUCAUUGAAGAUAUCACUGUGGUACCCCGCGGUGAUCCAGAGACAGCUAUCGUGCCGACUCCUCAAGCCAAGGAUCAACUGUUUGAUGGCGUCACAGGGGACUCGGAUCCUCGUACAUUUGCCCAAAUAUGUCUCGCGCCUCUAGCUUUCCCACCCAAGGGGACAUCAAUGAUGCGGUGGGCCUACUACAUACUUGUCUGGCCCAUUCGCUUAUGCCUCUGUCUCACCACACCUGACAGUCGAUCUCCACGAUGGCGGCGUUGGCAAGGCCAUUGGAUCGCUUUUCUGGUCUCCUGCUUUUGGAUUGGUGUAUUUACCAUCUUUAUGAUGUGGAUGAUCACAGUUGUCGGUGUGACCUUGGGGAUUCCAGACACGAUUAUGGGACUAACGUUCAUAGCUGCUGGAUCCAGCGUUCCUGAUGCGAUAACUUCCAUUAUUGUGGUUCGUGAAGGCGAGGGUGACAUGGCUAUCUCCAACGCGGUAGGAAGCAAUAUCUUCGAUAUCCUCGUUUGCAUGGGACUUCCCUGGUUGGUACGCAGUAUGGUUAUUGGCGGGCCCGUGGAAAUCUACUCUCAAGGUAACGCCUUGUCCAUCAUUCAUGAAAUCCUCGGCUACUAUCAUCCGCCACUUCUAUUUGCAGGCCUGACCUAUGCCACACUGACUCUCUUCGUCACCGUGUUGAUUCUUCUUGGCGCAACGCACUUAAACCGCUGGAGACUGACUAAACUCUACGGUGUGGGGUUGAUGAUCACCUACCUUCUCUUCCUCGUGGCUUGCAGCCUCUAUGAGUUGAACAUAUUUGGAAUGGUGCACCCCCCAGAGUGUCCUUACGUCGAGUCACCUUAG